AUGCUGCCUGCGCUCCUGCUGCUGGUGGCGCUGGUGCCGGCCGGCCCUGCCGCCGCGCGCCGUCACGCGCCAGACCUGCGCGAGGACGAGCCCGCGCGCCGCACUACCCGUCCUGCUGAAUGCCAGUUCGGGAAACAAGCGAAAGAACUCGGGUCAACAUGGUUUGCAGACCUGGGCCCGCCUUUUGGUGUGAUGUACUGCAUCAAAUGUGAGUGUAUAUCGGUUCAGAAAAAAAGAAGAGUUGUUGCGAAAGUACAUUGCCGCAACAUAAAGAACGAAUGUCCGGAACCAUCUUGUGACACUCCAACACUUCUACCCGGAAGAUGUUGCAAAACUUGCCCAGGAGAUUUAAACUCGCCAGAUAUCGUUCAAGAUGAUAGCCCGACGGUUGUUAUAACAACUAAUGAAGAUGAAGAACGACAUUUUGGAGCAUUAUUAACUGCUCGGUCACCCUUAUGCAUAAGACGUGAUGAUAUGACAGGAGUCCCAGUAGCUCCUGGCGUUGCAACGGCCAGAUUUACUUUUCGACGUCGUCACCUAUUUUGGUCAGUUCUGCUUGGAUCCUCCAUGGUUAUCCAGCCUCGCUCUCUAGCUUUUCUAGAUAGAGGUGGACGUAUGCUUCUCGAACACCCAUUAAAAAGUGCUCCUGGAAUACACGCUACUUACGAGGAAAAAACUGAUAAGUUAUGUGGUGUCUGGCGUCGAGUACCGAGAGAAUAUAAGCGUUUAUUGAGAGAAGGCUCUCUGUAUGUAGCGUUGAUUUGGGGUGAUGAGCGUAAUAAUUCUAUGGAAAGCGCUCUAAGUGGCCGAAUCAAUAGAUACCCAGCCUUAUCUACGGAGAUGUUCACAUCUCUUCUCGAGCCAGAACAUCCUCCCUCUACAAUAGGUAACGCACCGUGUGAAGAUUAUCGGACUCCAGGCCGGGAAGAAGGCUGGUGGGGCGGUACAGCCAUAGUUACUGGUGCUGCAGGCCCUGCUCCCAGCUUACAUCUAGCUAUAAUAUACAAUGGAGUAUUUAAGCCAUCAUCUUGGGAUCAAUCUGUUCGCGUUGUUUUGACACUUCCAGAAAGAAAUCAAACGAUAAUUGAUGAAGUUCAUAGUGUUAGCAAACCAGGCUAUGAACUUAAUGUUCUAGAAGUCUCUACACCUGUAUCAGCUGCUGAAUUGCGGUCUUUAUCGAGAGGACGAUUGAUGUUAUCAGUGGAAGCGUUAGGAACUGUUGAAAGACGUAUUUCGGGAAGUGUAAGGCAAAGGGCCGCGUGUGAAGUAUUUCAUGCGCCCUUAAUAGCUGAAAGACCUCCAGCUGCUGUGACACCCGAGGGGUUGGCAUUAUUAUAUAUUGACAAGGAAGGCUCACUGGUGUAUGAUAUUCAGAUAGAAGAUUUGAGCAUAACAGACCCUAAAAUAACUUUGGUAGAGGAACAAGGCAAGCGUCAUUCACAGGUGGAAAUACUGGACACUAGAAUUGGGGUACUAGCGAGGCCAAGUGCCCGUAUUUUCCCCCCGCUUUAUGAAGACCAGCUUGCUGUUCAUAUUGGUUCUGAUACAGGUCCUCCAAUGCUGAGAGGUCGCCUUUUAUCUAGACCGUUACCAGACACUGCAAGUGCAGGACCAUCGUUGCUCCGGCGCACUGAUGAGCGCAUGCCACCUUCUAUCAAUCCCGUCGCAGGCCUCGCGUGGCUCUCAGUUGAUGCUUUAUGUGGAAUUAACUAUGAGGUGGUAAUAAAUGGAUACUCUAAUUCAUGGUCCGCCUGGCUUGAAACUCAUACGUCAAAGGGCCCUAGAGCUUUAGUGGGAGCUGAGGGGUCAGUCUUAGAGCCUUCUUCGGGUGAACUAGCGGCAUUAAAUACAGGCACUGCAUAUUUGAAAGUACGCACUUCGGAUAAUGACACAGAGUUCCUGCGCACGCGGUUGUCAAAGAUAAGCGUGCCACCCUCCUGUCUUCCAUCGGUGGCGGACUCUGAUAAUGAAUUGAGCGCCAAUUACGCACCUACCCACGUCAACGCCCCUCCGCCAGACAAUUCUCUAUUCAACACAGACUUUUGCUACUAUAAUGAAAAAACCUAUGAAGACGGCGCGCAGUGGAUAACUGAGUCAUGUCAAAUGUGUGGAUGUGUCCAUGGCUCACUUCGUUGCGUACCGGUUCGUUGUCCACCUGUCAAUUGUGCAGUACCGACUAUACAGCCGCCUGGACAAUGCUGUCCUAUUUGUACUAAUUCAACCACAGCAGUAUGGAAUGAAUCGCACGGUUGCCAUCUCUCCGGACAGUAUCAUGCUCCCGGCUCCUCCUGGCAUCCUUACUUAGUCCCCGGCGGAUACGACACAUGCGCGAUAUGUACAUGCGAAAUGUCUACACGACAAGUGCGAUGUCCACGCGUGAAGUGUCCACCACUUAGGUGUGCAGAGAAAGAUGCCUAUCGACCGGAUAAGAAAUCGUGUUGCAGAGUCUGCCCUGAGGUAUAUGCAAAGAAGACCGAAGAAGAAACGCUAAAGGAUCAAGGCGCUCCACGAACAGCUGAAGAGAUUCUUGCAGAAGGUGGCUGCAAGUUCCCAGACGGGCCUCUUCCAAAUGGUAAAGAAGUUCAUCCAUCAAUACAUUCACACGGAGAACAGAGAUGUGUCACGUGCCGGUGCAAGGACGGCGAAGUGACAUGCAUUCGCAAGCGUUGCGGGCGGGCGGCGUGCGCGCGCCGACGGCGCGGCGACGCGUGCUGCGCGUGCAUGCGCCACCGCCGCCAGCGCACGCCGCCGCCGCCCAGC